GGAUGCGUGGCCGUCACUUGCGUCGACGCUUCAGCCUGCAGCCGUCCUUCAUGAAGGAUGACAACAACGAGGAUAAGCCGAAGCGUGACAAAGUGGGCAGAACCAAUGCGGUGGACGAUGCCAUCGGACCGGCCAAUGCACGCCACAAGAUCGUCGUCAUGGGCUCCGCCAAGGUGGGCAAAACGUCGAUAAUUACACAGUUUCUAUACAACUCAUUCAGCCCAAAGUACAAGCGGACCAUCGAGGAGAUGCACCAGGGCAACUUCUCCAUUGCCGGCGUUAGCCUCACCCUGGACAUCCUCGACACGGCCGGCUCCUAUGAGUUCCCGGCGAUGCGCGCUCUCUCGAUAUCCUCGGCGGACGCCUUCAUCCUGGUGUACGACGUCACCGACAGCACCACUUUCGAGGAGGUGCGCGCCAUACGCGACCAGAUCCAUGAGACGAAGGCAACCACAGCGGUGCCCAUUGUGGUUGUGGGCAACAAAAUUGAUUUGCUGGCCGACGGCGAGACAGAGCGUGAAGUGGAGUACGCCACCACAGAGUCGGUGGUGACUGUCGAUUGGGAGAACGGGUUCGUCGAGGCCUCGGCCGCCAGCAACGACAACGUCACGCAGGUAUUCAAGGAGCUGCUGACCCAGGCCAAGAUCACCUACAACCUCAGUCCGGCUCUGCGCCGUCGCCGCCAGUCGCUGCCCCAGCAGAUCGGCAACAAUGGGCCGGGCACACCGCUGCACCACCACGGCCAUCAUGGCCACCAUGGCCACCAUCAGGGCGGUGCCGCUGGGGGCUCUGGCUCUGGAUCGGCCUCCACAUCGGCGGCAGCGGCGGCGGCCGCAGCUGCCGGUGGUGGGCAUGGCUCGCAUGCCCCGACGCCGGCACAGCUGCAGCACCUGCAGCGCAUCCAGGAGCGGAGCAUAGGCGCCAAGCGCAACUCGUGCACCAUCUCUUAAGAAUUUACGAGCAGCAUCGCACAAAGGCAAAGUCCAACAAAGAAUACAAUUAAAUACCAACUGAAGCUUAACUAAACGGUCUCCUACAAACGGUUUUCAAUAUUUCUCCAAUAAUAAUACACUCAGAUUCA